UCUACGGCCCCGCCCCUCACCCAUGGUUUCGCCCCCGCGGUUUGCGCGCACUUCCCGGAAGCGAGGGGCGGGGCCAAGGUGCCCGGAUUCGCGACGUCUGCCGGGAGCCACGUCUGCCCUGGCCCAGCGCUGCGCCGGGGUUGGUGUGCGCCGGCCAGUCGGGGGCUUCUGGGAAGAUGGCGGACCCUGGGGCCCGCCGAUGAAGAGACCGCAGGGGGAGCUUGUCUCCUAGGCCCAGAGACCAGUUGAGGGAGCGACCUGCGCGGGGCGUGGGGAAUCAUGGUCUCCAUCACAAGUCCUGCUCUCUGCCCAGGCCUCCCCUGCUGGAUUGUCUGGCCUGCUGCUGAUCCUGCCGGUACAGCCCUGCUAUUUGGGGCCCAGCAAGUGGGGAGAGAGGCCUCUUGGAGGAGGGCCCCAUGCAGGCUCUGUUAGAAGACUGCAGUGGCUUCUGGAAGAGGCAAAGAGUCCUGGGGAGCUGCUGCACUGGCUGGGUCAGAACCCCACCAAGGUGUGCGCCCACCACUACUUGGUGGCACUUCAUCGGCUGGGCCAGCUCUUGGGAUCUCAGCCUCAGCCCCCUCUUGUGGAUCAGGCCACACUGCAGGACUUGAGUCAGCUCAUCAUCCAAAACUGCCACUCCUUUGAUGUUCACACCAUCCAAGUGUGUCUGCACCUUGCAGUUCUACUUGGCUUUCCACCAGAUGGGCCCCUGGUCUGUGUCCUGGAGCAGGAGCGAAGGUUCCGCCUCCUUCCAAAGCCACCUCCACCUCUACACCCUGCCCUCCGAGGUGGGCAACAACUAGAAGCUACCUUGAGCAGCCCUCGGUUCCUGCGGUACCCAUGGCAGCAUCUGAUAGUAGCCUUGCAGGUGCUGGAGGAGGCAAGGCCUGAGGAACUCACACCACGUGUGAUGGUGCUCCUGGCGCAGCACUGGGCCUGGCACUGGUUGCAGGAGCCCCAGCUUCUGGAAGCCAUUGCCCGCUUCCUGGUGGUCCAGGAAAGCCAGCUAAACAAGGUGGUGCAGAAGCUGGUCUUGCCCUUUGGGCAGCUGAACUACCUGCCCCUGGAGCAGCAGUUUAUGCCUUGCCUUGAGCGGAUCCUGGCACAGGAAGCUGGGGUGGCACCGCUGGCCACAGUCAACAUCUUGAUGUCACUGUGCCAACUUCAGAGCCUGCCCUUCAGAGCCCUGCACUUUUUCUUCUCCCCUGGUUUCGUUAAUCACAUCAGUGGAACCCCUCAUGCUCUAAUUGUCCAACGCUACCUCUCCCUCCUCCACACAGCUGUGGAGUUGGAGCUCCCAGGAUGUCAGGGCCCCUGCCUUCCCCGGAGACAACAGGUGCCCAUCUUCCCACAGCCCAUCACUGACCGUGCCUGCUGCAAGUACAGUCACAAGGACAUAGUAGCUGAGGGGCUUCGGCAGCUGCUGGGGGAGGAGAAAUACCACCAGAACCUGACCGUGCCUCCAGGCUACUGCACAGACUUCCUACUCUGUGUGAGCAGCUCCGGUGCUGUGCUCGUGAGGAACCAGGACCCCUUUCUACCUUACCCACCAAAGUCCUGCCUGCAGGGCCAGGCUACCUCUAACCCCACAACCCAAAACCCCACCUGCAGGGUUCUGCUGAUGCUUCGUGAACGCUGGCAUUUCUGCCGAGAUGGCAGGGUGCUACUUGGCUCCUGGGCCCUAAGAGAGCAGCACCUGGGCCUCACGGGUUAUCAGCUUCUGCCACUACCCUUCGAGGAACUGGAGUCACAGAGAGGUCUGCUCCAGCUCGAGAGCUACCUGAGGCAGAAGCUGCAGGCCUUGGGCCUCUGCUGGGGGCCCAAAGGGGGGUGAAGGGUGCAUUCGGGGCUCAAGACAGUCCCCCUAUGCGAGGUGACAGUUUGCACUUUGACUCCUUAUGUUUUGGUUUUUCAUU